AUGUCCGGAGCCUCCACAUCUCAACAACACAACCGUACACUCCAGUGGUAUGCCCUAGACAACGAAGGCUGGAGGUUUGCGGUAGCACUGGAUACCUGCACGACGGUGCGGUGUCAGGACAACGUACCGCCCCCUCGCGGUCUAUUAGAGCCACCAGUGGUCACUCCAAUUGGUAUAAAGGGCAGGAAUCCGGAAUCUUAA